CUCGAUUGUCGCAAAAAGAGGAGAACAGAGAGAGAGAGAGAGAGAGAGAGAGGAGAUUGGGCGGAGCAAGGAAGAAGAGAAUGAGACCUCCUUCACCGAGGCAGGCACAUGGUUUGCAGGUUUUAUGAACUUCGUGACAUCUUAACUUAAGGGGUUUGGUUAAAUAUUUUUUACAAAUCGCCAAACAUAUAGGAGAAUGGCAGAGGGAAUAUCGAGCUUCUGGGGUCCUGUAACAUCUACCAAAGAGUGGUGUGAGAAAAAUUAUGUCUACUCUUCUUAUAUUGCAGAGUUUUACAACACUGUAUCAAAUAUCCCAUGCAUUCUUUUGGCACUGAUUGGCCUCAUAAGUGCCUUGAGACAACAUUUCGAGAAGAGAUUUAGUGUUCUUCACAUAUCUAAUAUGAUACUUUCAAUUGGAAGCAUGGUAUAUCAUGCCACAUUGCAACAUGUGCAACAGCAAAGUGAUGAAACUCCAAUGGUAUGGGAAAUGCUCCUUUAUCUCUACAUCCUGUACUCCCCAGAUUGGCAUUAUCGUAGCACAAUGCCUACCUUCCUGUUCCUUUAUGGUGCUGUUUUCGCUAUAGUCCAUUCACAGUUUCGGUUUCGCACUGGUUUCAAGGUGCAUUAUGUUAUCCUCUGUCUCCUCUGCAUCCCCCGUAUGUACAAGUAUUACAUUCACACAAAGGAUACAUCUGCAAAGCGGCUUGCAAAGUGGUAUGUGGUCACCCUUUUCCUUGGUAGUUUGUGCUGGUUAUUUGACCGUCUUUUCUGCAAGGAGAUAUCAGGUUGGCCUGUCAACCCUCAAGGUCAUGCAAUGUGGCAUGUCUUAAUGGGUUUCAAUUCCUACUUUGCCAACACGUUCUUGAUGUUUUGCCGGGCUCAGCAACGAGACUGGGCCCCAAAGGUUGUCCAUUUCAUGGGUAUUUUCCCGUAUGUUAAGAUUAACAAACCAAAAACCCAGUGAACGAUAAUUUGGUGGAACCAAUGGAGUUAUAGCUUUUCUUUCUGCUGCUGGGAACACGUCUGAGGUUUUGGCAGGUGACAAAAGCAAGCAAAUUCAAAUCAAUUUUCCCCCUUUUAGAUGGAUCUAAAUGACGAUUGGAUAUUGAUGCAUCUCAUUGAAAUUUUCCUUGCGAAAGCAGAACAUGCUUGCACUGUGUACCAUAUUUAUAUGGCAGUAUUUGAUAGAUGGCUUUGUUUCUGGAUAGUUUGUUUUGCAUUUUUAUUUUUAUUUUUAUUUUUUAUUUUUACUUUCAAGUAGAAAGCUGUGUUGAAUUUGUUAUUGAACUCUGAGAGAGUAUCAUGAAUUCUGAUACCAUCAGCUUUUAACUUUGUCCUUUUAAAUAGGACAGAUUCAAAGUUCCAAAUUUCUUGUUUACACUUA